AUGUAUAGACAAUACUUUUUAUUAAUCUCUCUGUCACUUCUUGUGGCCUCUGCCUACUCUAAACUCAGUGAGAAGGAGUACCAAACUACUUUUACCAAUUGGAUGCAAGAGCAUGAUGUCCAGUACCACGCCAACGAGUUCCACAACCGCUUCAACGUGUUCAAGAAGAACUUGGACUACAUCAACGCCUGGAAUGCCAAGGGCUCGCAGACCGUCCUCGGCCUGAACCGCUUGGCCGACCUCACCAACGCCGAGUACCAGAGAAUCUACUUGGGAACCAGAAUCAGCGCCACCAUCGACCGUCAGCUCAUCAAGAACUUUGAGCAAACCUACCAGCGUGUCCAGGGCGCCGCCGUCGACUGGCGUCAGAAGGGUGCCGUCACCGCCAUCAAGAACCAACAGCAGUGCGGCUCAUGCUGGUCAUUCUCCACCACCGGUGCCUCUGAGGGUGCUCACUUCCUCGCCACCGGCUCGCUCGUCUCGUUGUCAGAGCAGAACCUGAUCGACUGUUCCACCAGCUACGGAAACCAGGGCUGCAACGGUGGUCUCCCAUACCUCGCCAUGGAGUACAUCAUCAACAACAAUGGAAUUGACACUGAGUCCUCAUACCCAUACACUGCCGCCAGUGGAACCACCUGCCAGUACAACUCAGCCAACCUUGGUGCUACCCUCACAUCAUACAUCAACGUCACCUCUGGUUCCGAGUCCGCCUUGGAGCAGGCUGCCAACAGCGGUCCAGUGUCCGUUGCCAUUGAUGCCAGCCACAACUCAUUCCAGCUCUACAAGUCUGGUGUCUACUACGAGCCCCAAUGCUCUACCACUGAGCUCGACCACGCCGUCCUCGUCGUCGGAUAUGGCAGUGGCGCAUCAUCUGGCAGCUCUGGCUCCACCUCCUCGGGUGGCUCAUCCUCGACCACCACCUCUGGUGCCGCAUCAUCAUCUGGCCAGUCCUCAUCAUCGACCAGCUCAGGUGCCUCAAGCUCAGGCCAGUCCUCAUCGUCGACCAGCUCUGGCGCCUCAAGCUCAGGCCAGUCGUCCUCCUCCACCAGCUCCUCCUCUGGUUCCUCCGGCUCAUCCGGAUCGUCCGGACUUGUCGUUGAGUUCACCGAUGACAGCAGCUACUGGAUCGUCAAGAACUCCUGGGGUACCACAUGGGGUAUCCAGGGAUACAUCCUCAUGUCCAAGGACAGAGAUAACAACUGUGGUAUUGCAACCCAAGCAGCGCUUCCCAGUGCCUCAUCGUAA